CUGCGCCUCAGCUGGUGGCUGCGUGCGCGGAUGUGCCCACGUCCCCUGGGGAGAGGAGCGCGCGUGUCCCACCCUCCUGCCCCGUGGUGAGCCCGGCUGGUCCCCCGCGCCCAACAUGCUGAGCAGGGUGCCCGGUAUAAUAUUCUUGGAAGUACUUGAUAGUGUCUGUCACCUGUAUCAGAGCACCACAGUUCAAGUUUAGUCCUUUCUACACACACUGCUCAGAACAUGGGGGAAAACGAUGAUGAAAGGCACAGCCAUGGUGGCCAGAUAUUUGAAAACUUUGUACAAGCAUCAACAUGCAAAGGUACCAUUCAGGCCUUUAAUAUCCUCACCCGUCAACUUGAACUAGAUCCAUUGGACUACAGAAAUUUCUAUACUAAAUUGAAGUCAAAGGUAACCAGCUGGAAGGCCAAAGCUUUGUGGAACAAGCUUGAUAAAAGAGUAAGUCAUAAAGAAUAUAAGCGAGGAAGAUCUUGUAUGAACACUAAGUGUUUGAUUAUUGGAGGUGGUCCAUGUGGUUUGCGGACUGCCAUAGAACUUGCCUUUCUGGGAGCCAAGGUUGUAGUUGUGGAGAAGCGGGACACUUUCUCAAGAAACAAUGUGCUGCAUCUCUGGCCUUUUACAAUCCAUGACCUCCGGGGUUUGGGGGCGAAAAAAUUUUAUGGAAAAUUCUGCGGAGGAUCUAUUGACCAUAUCAGUAUUCGACAGCUUCAGCUUAUCCUCUUCAAAGUUGCACUUAUGCUGGGAAUUGAAAUCCAUGUGAACGUAGAGUUUGUGAAAGUUCUGGAACCUCCUGAAGAUCAGGAAAACCAAAAGAUAGGUUGGCGGGCUGAAUUUCUCCCAAUGGAUCACCCUUUGUCAGCAUUUGAAUUUGAUGUUAUUAUUGGUGCAGAUGGUCGCAGGAACACUUUAGAAGGUUUUAGAAGGAAGGAGUUUCGUGGAAAGCUGGCUAUAGCUAUCACAGCCAACUUUAUCAACAGAAACACAACUGCAGAAGCCAAGGUAGAGGAAAUUAGUGGUGUUGCUUUCAUCUUCAAUCAAAAAUUCUUCCAGGACCUUAAAGAGGAAACGGGAAUUGACCUGGAGAAUAUUGUUUACUACAAAGAUAGCACUCACUAUUUUGUAAUGACAGCAAAAAAGCAGAGUCUUCUGGACAAAGGAGUGAUUAUCAAUGACUAUAUUGAUACCGAGAUGCUUCUCUGUGGAGAAAACGUAAACCAGGACAAUCUGCUGUCUUAUGCAAGGGAAGCUGCAGACUUUGCAACCAAUUACCAGCUGCCUUCCUUGGAUUUUGCGAUUAAUCACUAUGGGCAGCCAGACGUGGCUAUGUUUGAUUUUACUUCCAUGUAUGCCUCUGAAAAUGCUGCAUUAAUAAGAGAAAGGCACAGACAUCAGCUCUUAGUUGCCCUUGUUGGAGAUAGUUUACUUGAGCCCUUCUGGCCGAUGGGUACCGGCUGUGCAAGAGGCUUCCUAGCUGCUUUUGAUACAGCAUGGAUGGUGAAGAGCUGGGAUCAAGGAAAACCCCCACUAGAGAUCCUUGCUGAACGAGAGAGCAUUUAUCGACUAUUGCCCCAGACUACACCCGAAAAUAUCAACAAGAACUUUGACCAGUAUACCAUUGACCCAGGAACGCGCUAUCCCAACUUGAACUCCAGCUGUGUUCGACCUCAUCAGGUUAGACAUUUGUGUGUUACAAAUGAGCUACAACAAUGCCCUCUUGAAAGGGUCAGCUCUAUUAGAAGAUCAGUGAAUGUCUCAAGGCAUGAAUCUGAUAUUCGACCUAAUAAGCUUUUAACCUGGUGUCAGAAACAGACAGAAGGCUACAGGAAUGUUCAUGUCACGGAUCUCACUACUUCUUGGAGGAGUGGCCUUGCGCUGUGUGCAAUUAUGCACCGCUUCAGACCUGACCUCAUUGACUUUGACUCUUUGAAUGAAGAAGAUGUUGUUGAAAACAACCAGCUGGUGUUUGACAUCGCUGAACGAGAGUUUGGAAUUCCUCCAGUCACCACUGGGAAAGAGAUGGCGUCUGCUGGAGAGCCUGAUAAACUCAGCAUGGUCAUGUACCUCUCAAAAUUCUAUGAGCUAUUUAGAGGAACCCCUCUGAGAGCAGUAGAUGCUGUGGAUAAGCAAAAUGGAGAAAAUAAUGACCUUUGCUCAGCAAAAUCCUCAAACUUCAUCUUUAAUAACUACAUCAAUUUAACGUUACCAAGGAAGCGAGUACCAAAAGUUGAAAGGAGAGAAGAAAAUGAUAUGAACAAAAGGCGUCGAAAGGGCCUCGGUGGCUUUGAAGAGGCUUCACGUUUUUCUAGUCGGGGUAUGAAUUCUGGUAAAGAUCAGGGCGACAGAGAAGGAAUGAAUCAAAAUAAAGUAAAGUCAAUGGCAACGCAGCUGUUGGCAAAGUUUGAAGAAAAUGCCCCAAACACAUCUCUCCGGAGACAGAAGAAAGCUCAGUCCGUAGCAAAUAGGGAAUUUCAUAAAAAGAACAUUAAAGAGAAAGCAGCUCAUCUUGCCUCAAUGUUUGGAUACGUGGACUUACCAAAGGGAUCUCUGCGAAAAGAAUUUCCUCAGACUAUAGGUGGCAGUGACAUCUGUUAUUUCUGCAAGAAACGGGUAUAUGUCAUGGAGCGCCUGAGUGCAGAGGGCCACUUCUUUCAUAGGGAAUGCUUUAAGUGUGAUGUAUGUUCUACAACGCUCCGCCUAACAAUCUAUGCAUUUGAUGUAGAAGAAGGAAAAUUUUACUGCAAACCUCAUUUUACACAAUGUAAAACAAGCAAUAAGCACAGGAAAAGACGAUCUACAUUAAAAACGCAAGAGAAAGUGGAAACAGAAAUGUGGAUGCAAGAGGAACCCAAGCAUCCAGAAACCACCACAGAAAGUACUACUUCUACUGUUAGCAGUCCAGAGGACAGGCCCCCAGGUAUCAUGACUUCCUUCUUUAGGAAAACGCUAAGCUGGCCCCUUAGGGUGACGAGGGAUCUGCUUGACAUUCCAAGACGCCUGUCUAACUGGAUGCAUGGUUUUCUGCACGCUACCAAUCUUCAUUUGAGGGACAAUGCAUACAACUAUAUCUAUUUGUAUGAACUCUUGAGCCUUGGUGUGCCAUUCCUGUGUGCGCUGCUAGAGGUACUUACUCAUAUGUACCGGGAAGCAGAGCUAUCACUUGAAAACAUGCUUGAAUGGGUGAAAAAGUUCUUUAGGGUUUAAAUUCUUAAGUGUCUUGCUAAUUUGUGCCUUUCAGAUUUCCAAAAUUAACAGCCUUGCAAUAUGUUUAUAAACAUUUCAAUUUAAUAUGUGCUUUAAGUGAACAAAGAGCUCACUUUGAUAGACCAAGUGCAAUCAAAACACACUAUGAAUUUAAAACAUGUACUGUACAAGAAAGGUAUCAUGAAGUUCAGUGUCCAGAUGCAUUUCCAGAACAUGGGGACUAAAUGAAGGAUAUUUUAUAAACAUUUGUGCAGGGGUAGGUUUCUGGCUGUGAACAACCAUGUUUCUGGGUUUACAUUUUAAAAUUCUUGUUUUAAAGACCAAGAAAGAACAUGUUCUUUCAGACAUUUCAGGGUGGUAGUGACAAGUGACUGGGUUUUGAAACCUGAAUAUGGCACAUCCCUUUUCUCUUGCUUUCAUCUUUUGCUCUGGGUACAAGGUUUACUACUUGCAUGGAGAUGUUUGAAAGAAAAAAAAAAUAAAAGCUUUUUACUGUACCUAAUGCACCGACUUCUAGCCAUGCCUUUUUUAAUUUAUUACUCCUUUGGUAUCCUUUGUUAAUACCUAGGUAUUUUCUGUAAUACUCGCUUAUUUAAACCUGAAAUAAAUUUAAAGUGCAAAUC